GCGAGGUUAGCGCAGGUCACGUUAAAUGUGUUUUGAUUGGUGGACUACUAAAUGUGUCGGUUUAUCUUUAUAGUGAAGGGUUGCAGGGUCUUCGAGCCAUCUAAAACGAAUUUCUGGAACUCAAAUAAUUUCUCCAGAAUUGAUGGUUUUGUCGUGUCAAAAUUUCUCCGAGAAUCUUUCUCAAUUUUCCACUCGGUCGGGGAUGAGCUCGUAUCAUCUACCUAUGCGACCCACCGUCCCAUCCCGAACUGAUGAUAUUCAUAACAAUGCUGAGGGAGCCACAUACAUGGACCAUUUCUUGAACAUCCCCGAUAUCUGUCCCCCGGGGUCCGACUAUAGGUCCCGGGGGUACUACAUGGGAUCAUAUCCCGACGCUUGUAGAAUGGAGGCUCUCCAAUCCCACCACCGAAAUCACGAUUUCUCAAGAAUGAGUUUAGCAGGUGCCAGAACCUCUUAUUUCCAAAAUAUGAAUGUUCCCGGCAGUCUUAGAUUUCGGGAAAGUGUGUCCGAGAGUAUCUCCACCGCUGCAACUACUAAUAACAACAAAAACGAACCGAUUAGCCCCUGCUCUACGGGUACCCCCACCACAGGCGAAGGGGAAACACCACCCUCCUUCUACCCCUGGAUGUCCAUUGUCGGUCCUAACUCUAAUCAACGCCGACGAGGGAGGCAGACAUACACGCGAUUCCAGACCCUGGAAUUGGAAAAAGAAUUCAAAUUCAACAGGUAUCUUACCAGAAGGAGAAGAAUAGAACUUUCUCACAUGCUGUGCUUAACGGAGAGACAAAUUAAAAUAUGGUUUCAAAAUAGACGAAUGAAAGAGAAAAAGGAAUUACAGGCCAUAAAAGAACUGAAUGAACAAAGUCGAGUUCCGGAAACCAAGACCAAAGUGAGCCCCGAGCCGUCAUCGCCGAGCGAAGCAAGCACGAGUUGACAUAAGUAAUGUGUUCCUCUAAGGGUAGCUACCUCUAAUUCCUGAUAUCACCGUGUCUAAAUAUGGUCUGUAAACGCAGGCAAUCAAGCGAGGGAAGGAAUACGGCAGCGAUUAUAUUGGUACAGUGUAGGAAGAUUCAGACAACGGAACGCGGAGUUCCUAGUAUUGCAAAACAAACCUUUCAAAAGAAUAUGGUCGAGAAAUCGAUAUUUUUAUUAUUUACCUUCCAAAACGAGAAAAAUAAUUUGGAGAAACAAAUAUUUAUCCACAUAAAACGAGAACAAAAUCUACAAGGUGAUUUUUAGCGUCUUUUAUUUUGUCAGAUGGAAUACAUGUACAUCAAAUUGAAUGUACAAUUUAUAUAUUCGGAUGUAUAUUUAAUAUAUCAAAUUUGUCUCUGUUCAGAGUAUAUACUCUAAUUGUGUUGUUUACAAUUUUUUAGUGUUUAUUUUUGUUAGUUUUACAUGGGUAAAUGAAUGUUGGGUAUAGUAUUUGGGUAAACAUGUGUUGGGUAAAAAAAAUUUUAACAGUGAUUUCAAAGUGUUAUAAUUCAUAGCUAUGAAUUAGAUAUCCAUAUGAAUACCUCUUAGAACUUUGCCAAAAAUUAUUUUACUGGUAUCCUGAACUUAUAUACAUAAAUACCAUUCGAAUCAUUAAUCAGCAAAUAUAGGAAAAAUGUCACGUGACAAAUAUUUGAUUUCAUCGCACUGUCUACAAUACAUGUACACUAAAACAUUAGAUUUAGAAAAUUUACAUCACAAACCUAUGCAAGUUUUGAUUAUGUAUAAAUGAAGAGAAAAAAACUAGUUAUCACGCGCCGGAGAGCUAGUACUUUUACCUCGUGCUCGUUAUAAGUACUGCAGUGGACAGAUUACAGUGACCGUUGGACAGUCCUUCCAGCACGAGUUGUUCGGGUCACACUGCAGACGACAGGCAAGAGGACACGAUCCGAGACAUGUAAUUUAUCUGAGGUUAAGAAUACAAUAUACAAUAUUUCAUUAAUGCAUUGGCGAUUGACAUUUGUGCGAUUUUUAGGAGCCUUUUAUGGAUAGUAAAAAUCACGCCGAUAUUUCAUUUCUAGUUUGUUUUGUACCAUAUGUGUAUCGUCAACCAUUUAUUUUUUCUACAUACUGCAAAAUUGCUCAUGUACAUGAUGAUUUUCAUUUAUUUUUGUUUUAUAAUGCCUUAUAUAAGUGAACGAGAAUUUGUAAUAACGAGAAAUAUUUCGAGCCAUUAUUAUAUGUAUGAUUAUAUACAUUAAGAUUCUUGAUGUUGUAUGACAGAAGUAUGUUUUAUGUGACAUAUGUGGCUUACGACACGAACAGAACGAGAAACUGCAAUAAAAUGUUGUUAAACUUUCA